ACAAAUUGGAAAAUGCGAGUAGUAACCUAUCGCUGGAUACGCCUAGCGGUUUUGGUAGUGAUCACUACAGUAGCCAUGAUUUGUAUUGCAUUCAGAACUAUUGAAAAGAGGGAGAUACCGAUUCAAUUGAAUGCAUUGCAACCGGAAGUCCGUCAUAUUGCAUUUCUUAAAGUUCACAAAGCGGCUAGCACAACUAUACAGAAUAUUUUGUUUCGUUUUGGGACAGAACGAAACUUAACAUUUGUCAUGCCAGCUGUUGAUGCAAUAUAUCCAAAUGUAAUAAGUUUAUUAGAAACUGUUACUCCGAAAAACAUUCGGUCCAUACCGUUAUCAGCUACCCAUUUUGAUAUUUUAUGCCUCCACGUUCUAUAUAAUAGGACAGCGUUUGAAAAAAUUCUUCCAAAUGACACUGUUUACAUUGGUACACUUCGAGAUCCAUUUGAUUACUUUAUAUCAAUGAUGUUAUACUUUCCUAUGAUGUUUGAUCAAUUUAAUAUAUCUGGACCUAGAGCAAUAACAGAUUUUCUUGAAGAUCCAGAGAAACAUGAUGCAUCUAUAUCAAUUGAAAAGUAUGCUUUUUACAGUUUUACUAAAAACAGAAUGGCGAUAGAAUAUGGUUUACCACUGGACCUUCUUUUGAAUUCCAGAUCUAGAAGAAACGACAUUCAAAGAUAUAUUGAGCAGCUGGAUAAUGAAUUUGCACUAGUUAUCAUAGUUGAACAUUUUGAUGAGUCUUUGGUUUUGUUAAAACGUAUUUUGAAAUGGUCUACAAAGGAUAUACUUUAUAUCAGAAAAAAUGCGAAUAGAAACACAGGUAAUAAAGAAAUUAAUAUUGGGGAAAAUGAUCGGACAAGGUAUAGACAAUUAUCUGAAAUAGAUUACAUGUUAUAUAAACAUUUUUACAUCAAACUUUGGCGCCAAAUCAAAAUGGAAUUAUUAUUUCACGAAGAAGUGUUGUAUUUCAAAACUGUCAGAAAGGAAGUAGAAGACUUUUGUCACAAUUUAAGUCGAAAUUUAACAGUGUUAAAGAUACCAUCAUCAGAAUGGAGCGAAAAAUUUGAAAUAACUCGAGGCACAUGUGAUUCAUUAGUGAUUUCGGAAUUUGACUUUGUAAACAAAAUAAAAAAGAAGCAAUAUCCAAGGUAAAAAGAGAUGUUUGUCUCCGGCGUAUUUUCAUACUGGGUUGAUGUUCUCAAAAGUAUCAUAAGAUUUGUCCUAAGUCAGAUAUAAGACCAAUUUUAGGAUGGACUUAGGAUCAAUUUAAGACACUCUUAAGUUGUGUCUCGAAGCUUUCUCAGGCGCAUCUUAUGUUAGGACGUCCUAAUCGUAUCUUAUGUGCGAAAUUGUAAUAAUUACAUGUAUUACGUUAAAUGCAUGAAUUCAAAUGUUAUUAUAAAAUCAAUUCAAAAUUUCAACUGGAAAACAGUUUGUUUUGAAAUCAGAAUAUUGAAUUCAUAGCGUCAUCGUAUCGUAAAACACAAAGUUUAAAGUUUGAAAUCAUGCACAAUUUCUUUAUACGAGUUUAUAACCGAUGGUGCAUUUCAUUUCAUGUUUAUCUUAAUUUAUAAAAAUGAGAGAGAAAAAACAUGCACAAAGUUAGGAUGAAGAUGUGAUGAUCUUAAGACACAUACUUAGGUGUCCUAAAGUUAAGACGAAAAAAGUGAUAUAUCUUAAGUCAAGAGAGCUUCGAGAACAAAACUUAGGACAAAGACUUGUCAUGAGAUGGCCUUAGAACACGCCCUUAUCCUAUUAAGAUAGUUUCGAGAAGAAAACCCCUGGUUAAUAGUUAUUGCGUUAGUUCAUUUAUACAGGUGAAACGUUUCUGUGAUAAAUCGAAAGAUUCGUUUUAAAGGUAACAGUUGGUAUGUUCGAUGUCAAUUGUUAAAAACGGUAGUUUUUAAUUAGCUUUUGUUUAAAAUUUCAUUGGAUCUGCAGGAUCAUUAUUUUUUAUAUAACUGUUGAUU